AUGACGAAUCCACAGCAUCAGUGCCAUGGGGUCCUUGCGCAAGCCAUUUGUGACGCGGACCCGGCUGCGCAAAUUUCGCCAGAACUAGUCCAUCAUUUGGCGACCAGAUUAGAACCGCUCUUCAACCAAAGGGUUGCUGUUUUCGGCCGGGAAAGCAAAGCUCAAGAAUUGGUGCCGCAGCUUGUUGCUUGCCCUGGGUGCGGAGGACGACUUGCUGAAUGUCGGAGCUCCGCUGCUGCAGCUAUCGUCGUAGAUCUGUCGGGUUUGGUCCAGAAACAACACAUUCCACUGAGAUGUCGGCGAUCCUCCUGUCCAGACUUUGGUGUGCUGCUGUGGUACAACUAUACCGUGCGGAGUGGGUGCCAUCAUUUUGCAGGAGAGCUACCUGAGUUGAACUGCUUCAUGUUGUCCGCCACCUUCGGCUUCAGUGUCCCCUGGUUGCAACAGUUUCACGUACGCAUGGUGAGGCAACAUGCGUCUUUCACAAGUGAAGCAGAUGUGCUCGGCGCGCAGGCAGCUUACAAUUCCCAGCUCCAUCUCUUACCAACAGCUCGAUUGCGGCUUCUCAUUAGCCAGGGGUGGUUUGCUUGGCGUCUCCUCACCCGGGUGCACCAAAGCAAUUUGGACCUAGCAUCUUUUGAUUUCUUGCGGCCCAUGGAGGACAUGAUUGGCUUAUUCUUGCCGCAGUUGCAAAGAGAAUUUGGCAGGACUACCUUGGAGGAAGCCCAAAAAGCCACGAUGCGCUGUGACGUUGUUGUGCUCGAUGGCAAUGCAAAAAAUCGUCGAGCUGUUUGCGGAGCCUCAUUGGCCGGAGAAACUUUUUCCAAGGAAUUGCGCCGGGCGGAAGUGACCAUUCUUCAGCACAAGCUCAUCAAUGACGGACAGUGCUUGAUGGUCUUGCUGAAAGAGACUGUGGAGCCUCAAAGAGAAGCUUGGGUAUCCGAUUCUGCAGUUCCAGCGUCUGUCCUGUCCAACUAUUUGCAGCAAGUGGGCGAGGCGAAGUUGAAACCCAGCAAACGCCCACGGCGAGAAGAGGAGGCAGACGGCAGAGGCGGCUCUUCCUCAUCGCUUGGACCUUCGAUGCUUGCGAGUUUAACGUUGCAAGAGAUUGGGCGCUCAUCCGACCCAACAGAUUUGCAGUGCGUGACUUGCUGCACACACAAGGAAGGCAGCGCUGCUCAAAGGCAGCUUGCCAAAUCUGCUGGAAUGUUGUGCGCGUGUUUGUCUGAGGGUUUGAUUUUGCACACGCAAGAAAUCUACGGCUGUGAGUCGUUGAGCCAGAGAUACCUAUGUCUGGCGUCUGUGAAAGCCCUCUUGCCGUCCCUUCGCGUGGUGGUCCACGAUGAUGCUUGCCAUUUGCACAAGUACGAUUCAGAAGCUGCUGCCCAGAUAGCCCCGCCAGAGAUGAAGUACGUGUGCGACAAGUUCCACAUGGCUGGCCAUACCGAUGCUUGGUGUAAAGAGACGUUUCUGGGGCCCUUGUCUGGAGCCCACGAAGACAGACAGUACAUCCCUGCCAUGAAUUUGAUGUGGGAUGAAGUGGACAAGUGCUUCGACCCAAGCUACAUCCUUGGAGAAGCUGGGCACCGCUUCUGCCAAACAUACGCUGUUAGGGCAGCCCAUGCAGAAUUUCCUUACGCCCUCCACUGCUUGUCGCUGAUGUGUGCUCUUGUGAACGGUGCCAAAGUGGCUGUCUUUGCUACCUCGCCAUCGCCUUUGACGUUGGUUGCAAUUAAUGUCAACUACGCCCAGACGAGAAAAUCAUCCUUGACAGGACAUGCAGAGGCUUGUGGGCAGGAGUUGGACGCAGUCAUCUUGACGAACGCGGAGUCCAAGCUGGCGACAUAUUGUGUGGAAGAAGGCGCUCCUGCGCCAGUGCAGCACAGGUUGAAGCCGAAGCUAUUCUCCGCAAUGGUUGCCAGCGCAACACCUGAGGAGUGGUUCCAUCGAUGCUCGGGCGAUUGGAACCAGGUCCGAAAUGCUGACAAGUUGCCCGGAGACUGGUCUGGCCGAUGCUGGUUUGGCUUGCUGGGGAAUUUUGAUGAGGCCUACGACUUCCUGCUCAGCUUGGGUCUCUUGUCCGAUGGGCCUGCAUCCAAGGAGAAAGCCAAGGCAAGGGUGAACCCGUACCAGAGUGCCUUCAACAAGCUCUUGCAGUUUGGAACCAGCGCUCGCGCCACGAAAACGAAUGGGAGCUAUGGAGAGAAGCUUGCUAGAACCGUUAGCAUGGGGAUCACUUGCAAUAUGCACCCUGCGCAAUACAUCCCUAUGGAAAGAGGUGAGGUUGGUUGCCACGCAGCUUCCACCAAAGAACGGUUUGUCAUCUCCACUGGCCGCCCUGUGCAGCCGCAUGAAGACAUGCCGGCAGAUUUCUGUUGCCCUCCAGGACAGGUGUUCUGCGCGAUGGGUGUUGUGUUAAAGCGUUUUGGAUUCUGUAAAAUCUGCUCACAUUCUUUGCUGGAUUUGCUUAGCGCAGGAGUUUCCCGGCACCGAUGGGUUCCUCUCACAGCCGAAAUUGCGGCACUGCUGGGCAUAGCCAAAGAGGCUGCUUCGCCAGAUGCCGCUGCUCAGGAGUGGAAAGACGUUGGCCUUGAAGAUGAAAAAGCAGUGCAGCUCACCCAGAAUGCAGCGGGCGACUAUGUCCCAUCAGAAGAUGGGUACCCUGUGAGGCUCUUGGAUGGCAAGAUGAGCCGCCUACGGUUCAAACGUUCUCCUGCGUCGACGUCUGGGUUUGAAGCUCAGUGGCGCGUUGCCAACAGAAGCUUUGCCAUUCCAGCAGAGUGCUCCCUGACGGCCGCUGUCUCCCGAGUCACUGCCUACUUCGACCAACCUCACCAAGUCAUUGCCCUCACUCCGGAGGCGGAGUCUUGGCACAUGUCCUACCAAGGUGGAAUGAAUGUGCAAGCCCAUCUGUCUCGCGAAUCAGGGGAUGUUCAGGGUGGCGCUCGCUUUGGAGCCGCUCCGUGGCAAGUGGGAGUUUUGGCGGCUUUGCUCCUGGUGUUUGAAAUCUUUGUGGGUGCGCACAGUGUUGAAGCUCUUGGACGGAGGGAUUUGCAGGUCCAGAAGCUGAAGCAUAUUGCUUUGGGAGAUGCUGCCGCUAGCCCAGACCAUUUUCCCCAGCAGCCAAGUCCGCAACCUGCUUUCGAUUUGGCAACUUUGCGUGUUCCUUAUCAGACGGAAGAUUUUGCUUCGACCCAGCAUGGUCCCGGACUUCGACUUCCCCAAGCUGGCGAGGAAGAAGAGUUUGAACUUGAACCUGAAGAAGAAGAUGCGGAACCUGGGCCCAACUCGCUUGAAAGGCCUCCAGACAGCGUGGCCGAAGUCGUGGAGGACCUACCGCCCCAAGAUCCACCCGCAGGCGAAAAGCCGCUGGUUCUUGAUGAAGUGCGGGCAAGUGAUUUUGGUUUUGGCGAGAAUGGCGUCACAGUCCAGCCUGACGGUCUCUUCAGCCGUCACUGGACAGACCGGGCAACCCUGAAGCACACCUUGCUGACCGGCAAGCCAAAGAUGACUCGCAAAGAAGCGUGUGACAAAAUGCGCACCAGCAGGGAGCAGGGCCGCCGCAAAGCGCUUCCGAAAGAGAAAUGGACAGCGGUCAUGGCGGCAGCCGCAGAGCAGCAUUCCAGCAUCCUUCAGCUCCAGGGUGAGACUUUGUGUUUGAAAGUGAUCCCAGACACAGCGCAGGGCAAGGUGAAGUACCACAAUGAAUUGAUGAGGGCUUGUGGGCUGACUUUGCGGGAGCUGGUGGCCGCCAUGGAGAAAGCAUCCAGCAACCAGGAAAGGAAGCACCAGGAAGAUCGGCGCAAACGGCCCAGAGAUGAGGAGUGA